GUUGGAAGAAGCUGAGCUCAGAAAGAUUGCUGAGGAACGUAAAAGAGAAAAAGCAGAAGAGAAGUUGGCCAGGCAGAGGGUGAAAGAUCAGAUUGAGAAAGAUAAAAAAGAUCGUGCAGCAAAACUUAUUAAAGAAAAGGAAGAGGAACUCCAAAAGUCUGCUUCACCAGCUUCUCCGUCUGCCUCAGAAGCACCGUCAAAGAAAGAGUACACAGAAUGUAGACUGCAGAUACGUCUGACCAAUGGACAAACCCUGACUCAGACAUUUGGCUGCAAGGAGCCUCUCAGCGCCGUGCGACUGUAUGUUGAACUCAACCGAACAGAUGGUGCUGGCCAGUUCUCCCUGAUGACCUCAUUCCCUAGGAAAGUGUUUACGUCUGCUGACAUGGAUAUGCCUUUGGAUAUGUUGGGACUUGUGCCGUCUGCAGUUCUCAUUGUUACCAAACCACAGUGA